UGUUGUCGUUGGGAGUCGUCCAUACUUGCGCGACGACCAAAGCAACCAAGGAAUUGUACUGCUGGGGUUCCAACGAUUCCGUGGAUUUGUUGCUCAAACGACCGGUAUCCUAUCAUACACCCCAACAUAUUGACUUGGGAGGACAAGGAAUCUUUCAAAAUAAUGCCGACAUUGACAUUUUGCAAAUCACGUCGGGACGAUCUCACAAUUGUGCCGUGGUGGCCUAUCCUUCGUUCAACUUGGAACGAUUUGUCUGUUGGGGGUCCAAUGAAUUUGGACAAUUGGGGAUUGGUUCUACCGAGGAUGGAUUCGAGAGUCCGGUCCAAGUGGCAUCCACCUUGGAUAUAGAUUUGUUGCCGCAACAAAUAUCUGCUGGAUACUCUCAUCAAUGCGCCAUUCAAGCGGCGGACAAUUCCUUGUGGUGCUGGGGACUCAACUCGAAUGGACAAAUCGGUGUGGGUACCACCAAUACCAACGUAUUGACACCCACCAAGAUUGCACAACUUGGUUCCGUCAGUACCGUAUCGGCCGGAUCCUAUCAUACCUGUGCGAUUAGUACCACACUGCCAGAGUCGACCUUCCUCGAUGCCCGCGAAGAGGAAGAUGGAAGAAAGGAGGGAAAUGUCUAUUGUUUUGGAUACAAUUCCUUUGGACAAUUGGGUAUUGGAAACUUGGAAGAUCAACAGCUGCCACAAAAGGUGGAUCUGGGAGGAUUCGCCAAGGAUAUCAAGACGGGACGUGAUCAUACGUGUGCACUGAUGGAAGAUGAAACCGUCAAGUGCUGGGGUAGCAAUUUUUCGGGUCAAUUGGGAGUUGGCAACAAUCGAGAAUCAUCGAUGACGCCAGUUACAGUGCCCGAUCUGAGAGAUGUGCAAAAGCUGGCACUGGGACGAGAACACACUUGUGUUUCCAAAAGUGAUCAAACUCUUUGGUGUUGGGGAACCAAUUUACAUGGACAAUUGGGAUUGGGUGAAAACGUUUCCAUUCAAUACUUUCCACA